GUAGACCAGGCUGGCUUUGAAAUCACACAGAUUCGCCUGGCUCUGCCUUCCCAAUGUUGGAAUUAAAGGCAUGCACUACCACCAUCCAGCAGAUGUGUCUAAUUCUUUAGGCUCUUUUACCUAGGAGCACAUUUUUACAGCAGCAAUGGUAUAUAGGUAUUUUUCUAUUGCAGAGUCUGUUAACAUUCAGGGAUGUGGCUGUGGAUCUCUCACAGGAGGAAUGGGAAUGUCUAGAUUGUGCUCAGAGGGCUUUGUACAUGGAUGUAAUGUUGGAGAAUUACAACAAUCUAGUCUUUGUAGGUGAAAAUCAAAGAGUCCACACAGGAAAGAAAGAAGAAAAAUAUACAGAGCUUGAUAAAUCUUUUGACUCUCAACAUAAACUCACACUGGAACAAAUCAAGAGUAGAAAGAAACCACACCAAAGCCGGAAAUGUGGAAACUGCUUCAAGACAGACUCAAGCCUUAGUAGACAUCAGAGAGCUCAUACUAGACAGAAACCCUAUAAAUGUGCAAAAUGUAGUAAAUCCUUUACACAUUUGUCACAACUCAAAGUACAUUGCAAGUUCAAUUGUGGAGAAAAAUCCUACAAAUGUACAGACUGUCCUACAUGCUUUUACCUGACAUCAGAAUUUAAAAGACAUUGCAGAAUACAUUCUGGAGAGAAUAUUUACAAUUAUAGUGAAUGUGACAAAUCCUUUAUGAGCACAUCAUCUCUUAGAAUGCAUCAGAAAAUUUGUCCUGGAGAGAAACCUUAUGGAUGUGGUGAAUGUGAUAAAUCCUUUAUCCAGAAAUUGAAUCUUGGAUCUCAUCAGAGAAACCAUACAGGAGAGAAACCUUACAAAUGCAGUGAAUGUAAUAAAUCCUUUACUAAUAGAGGUGGUCUUAAUACUCAUCUGAGAAUGCAUACAGGAGAGAAGCCUUACAAAUGUGUAGAAUGUGACAAAUCCUUUACCACUUCCUCAUAUCUUAGAGCUCAUCAGAGAAUUCAUACAGGGGAAAAACCUUACAAAUGCAGUGAAUGUGACAGAUCCUUCAUCAGUUCCUCAGAUCUUAGAAAACAUCAAAUAAUUCAUACAGGAGAGACACCUUACAAAUGCAGUGAAUGUGUCAAAUCCUUUACCCAAAGACGCACCCUUAGAACUCAUCAGAGAAUUCAUACAGUGGGGAAACCUUACAAAUGCAGUGAAUGUGACAAAUCCUUUAUCAGUUCCUCAGAUCUUAGAAAACAUCAGAGAAUUCAUACAGGAGAAAAACCUUACAAAUGUGAUGAAUGUGUCAAAUCCUUUGUCACUUGCUCUGAACUUAGAAGACAUCAGAGAAUUCAUACAGGAGACAAACCAUAUAAAUGUGGUGAAUGUGACAAAUCUUUUACCACUGCCUCACAAUUCAGAAGACAUCAGGGAAUUCAUACAGGAGACAAACCAUAUAAAUGUGGUGAAUGUGACAAAUCUUUUACCACUGCCUCACAAUUCAGAAGUCAUCAGAGAAUUCAUACAGGAGAGACACCAUAUAAAUGCAGUGAAUGUGACAAGUCCUUUACCCAAAAAAGCACUCUUAGAAUUCAUCAGAGAAUUCAUACAGGGGAGAAACCUUACAAAUGUGGUGAAUGUGUCAAAUGCUUUGUCAGUUGCUCUGAGCUUAGAAUUCAUCAGAGAAUUCACACAGGAGAGAAACCUUACAAAUGUAUUGGAUGUGAUAAAUCUUUUAUCAGUUGCUCUGAGCUUAGAAGACAUGAGAGAAUUCAUACAGGAGACAAACCUUACAAAUGUAUUGUUUGUGACAAAUCUUUUACCACCGGCUCACAAUUCAAAAUUCAUCAGAGACUCCAUACAGGAGACAAACCUUACAAAUGCACUGAGUGUGAUAAAUCCUUUUCUCAUAGAAGCAGUCUUAUUACUCAUCAGAGAAUACAUACAGGAGAGAAACCUUACAAAUGUAUUGAAUGUGAUAAAUCCUUUACCACUGCCACACAUCUUAGAACUCACCAGAGAAUUCAUACUGGAGAGAAACCUUACAGAUGUGGUGAAUGUGUCAAGUCCUUUGUCAGUUGCUCUGCGCUUAGAACACAUUGGAAAAUUCAUACAGGAGAGAAACCACACAAAUGUGGUGAAUGUGACAAAUCCUAUAUUACUAGCUCUGCUCUUAGAAAACAUCAGAGAAUUCAUACAAGAGAGAAUGUGACAAAUCCUUUAUUGAUGGAGACAACCUUAGAACUCAUCAGAAAUUUCACACAGGAGAGGAACCUUAAAAAUGUAGGGAAUAUGUCAAGUUCUUUACCACUGCCUCUCAUCUCAUAAUUCAUUAUAGAAUUCAUGCAGGUGAGAAACCUUACAAAAGCAGUGAAGGUUACAAAUCAUUUAUCCUAAAGGGCCACUAUAGAAUUUAUCAGAGAAUUCAUACAGGAAAGAACCCUUACAAAUCUAGUGAAUGUGACAAAUCCUUUACCAAGAAAGGCCAUCUUAGAACUCAGUAGAGAAUCCAUACAGGAGAGAAACCUUACCAAUAUAGUGAAAGUGACAGGUCUUUUAUCAGUUACUCACAUCAUAGAAAACAUCCGAGAAUCCAUACAGGAGAGAAACUCCACAUAUGUAUUGGAUGUGAAAAACCCUUUAUCAGUGUCUACAUCUACUUCAGGACAAUAGAGUAUUCAUACACUACAGAAACCUUAUCAAUAUAUUAAAUUAAAUGCUAGAACUCUUUGUCAAAAAAAUCAGACUGAGAACACAUCAAAGUAUUUGUACAGGAGUGAAAAUUUACCACAUACUAUGUGAGGAAAAGCCUUUGCUGUCUCUCAGGUCUAAUUGUCAAUAUAAGAAAGUUAUAAAAGCUUUUCAGUAACAUUCAAAUCUUAAAAUACAUCUGGAAAUUAUAAUGAGGGAAAUUCUGAACAUGUUACAAUGUAGGAAAUUUUCAUUAGAACUUUUUAUACUUAUGCAACCUUAAGUUCUUCAUAAUGAAGAUAAAAAAUUGAAACCUGGAGAAUGUGCUGUUGUAUAGCAUUUUUUUGAAGACUUAAGGCAUGUAUCUUGUACAGGAAGUAAGUCAGAAAAUGUACACCUCAAAAAAUCUACAAGAAAUUCUUGAAACUGAUGGAAUUCAGUAUGCUUUAAUAAAAUGAAGAAACCCAGAACCUACUGCUUGAAGAGCACUUGACAAAAAUAUUCCACAAAGAUAGGAUACUCUUUAACUAGUAGAUUUGCCUACAAAUGUGCAGUGUGCUUCCGAUAUUCUGUAUGUAUAUGUUGUUUCCCAUGCUGGUGUAGAAUUUCAUGAUAACAACUAUCUUUGAGUCAUGUGUGCUCCAGUAAGCAACUACUUCCUGCUGCUCCUUGUACCAACCCUAAUAAAACUUGUUGGUUCAACAUGG